AUGCGAGCCCUCUCGAAGAACUCUAACGAGAUACCUCUCAACUCCCCCUCGACUUCCAAUCCUUGCAAGCUAACCCCGAGACUCCAGGCUAAAAAACUGAAAGCUCUUGGACACAUCAAUAGCAGUCUGAACGACCAAGAUGUGCUCUUCGUCAAUUCGCUCACUCCUGCAGAGAUCAUCAAGUACUCCAAACUGUGUGGUGUCACAGUUUCCAUUGAAGGGAGCAUUCUGAAGCUCCGCCAGAUGGAGCUCUUGAGGUGCCGGAAUCUUGCAGCCACCAAGGCGAAGAAGAGCGAGAAGAGAUCGGGCCCGCCUUCAAAAGCCAAGCCCUCAAAGAGGAAGAAGACCGAAGUGGAGGUCAUCAUCCCUAUUGGUGUGGCUUUGGGGCCAUCUUUGGUGGACAACCGAUCUCCUUCUGACCCUAUCAUUCAGGAGGAGAAAGUAACACUGAUGAAAAUGCUAAAGAAGAAUGCAUCAGUAUUUUUGGAUGCUCAGCUUGCUAGAGAGCUGAUGAGUCUUUUGAUUCUUUCAACAAAUCGAGAGAUGUGGAGGAGUCUUUCUGCUGAGGAUGCACUAGAUGCUUGUUCGAUUAGCAUCAUUUUGAUGUCACACUCAAUUGUCUCCAUCGGGAAAGCCUUAGCCUCUGCUAGGAAAACCUUAGUUAAAUGUGAUCAGACUAAGGCUUCUCUAGAGGAGAAGCUGAAAUCAGCGAAGGAGGAAUUGAAGGCUACCUCCAAGAAGAUAAAGGAUUUGGAGCAUAACGUCGAGAAGGAACAAGCAGAGAGGAGGGACUUGGCCGAACACCAUCGACAUAAAAAGAAGACCAAAGCGUCUCUUCUUGCUACUGAGGAGAGAGUUAAGCAUGCGGGAGUGAAGGUGGUAGAGGAGUAUAAAGCAUCUCACGAGUUUAGGUCUGAGGUUGCUAAAGGUGCCAUUUUCUCUUACCACAUUAGCUCCAAGGAGUGCCUUGGAAAGGUAAAGGAACUCUUUUUUGAAGUUGAUGUUAGCCACAUUGUCCCAUGGAUGAGUGAGCCAAUAGAGAGCGAGGGCAAAGAGGAUGAAGCACCUAUUCUCGAAGCAGUUACUUCUUUGGAAAUUGGUGCCAUAGCCGAGGCCACCCUUUCGGACGUUGCUGCUCAUGGCGAGGUGACAAUCACUACCAUCAUCACUUUAUCCCUCGACCAGCCACAAGAAAAAGUAUACUUCGAGGUCACUACCGAUGUCCCCUCUGCUCCAGCUGAAGACCUCGAGAUACAAUUGCCCGAAGAUUGGCAAAAUCAAAAGAGAGGCUUGAAGUGGAGUCUUCUAACAAUCGAUGUCUUCGAUCGUCUCUUCUUGGACUUCGAGGGCAUUGAGAUGAGUGGCCAGGAGCUAGUUCGACUGAUCAUGAUUGUCGACACGAGGCUUAAGCCGUGUUUGAGCGUCAGUGCCCUCGUUCAGACCCUUCUAUGCAGGUCUAAUGGUUGUGUUGAGAUGGGGCCACUGAAGGAGCUUGUGUCCUCAUGGCGCUUUAUUGCAGAUGCUACCUAUUACAUAAAAGAAAAUAAGAUGAAGAACAAAGAUCUCAAGCCAGGGACUUAUCUUGGAAAUAGUUUCAGGAAAGCACCUAUUUUUCUUAUGAUGACUUCACUCUGUGGGUUAUCUUUCUAUUUUGGAGCCAGUUACUGCUCUAUGAAAAACAUAUUCUUCGCCAUGGAUGCUCCGCAUAGAGUUCAAUUUCACAUGAAAAGUAACGUAACUCCUGAAGUCAAGCCUGUUGCUUUUCCUGAGUGUGAUAGUGACUAUCAAGACUACACACCAUGCACAGACCCAAAGAGAUGGAGAAGGUAUGGUAACUACAGACUGACGCACAGGGAACGCCAUUGUCCACCCAUCUAUGAAAGAAAAGAAUGCUUGGUGCCUCCACCUGAUGGAUAUAAGCAACCUAUCAGAUGGCCAAAUAGCAAGCAUGAAUGUUGGUACAGAAAUGUUCCCUAUGACUGGAUAAACAAUAAUAAAUCUCAUCAGAAUUGGCUGAGAAAAGAAGGCGAGAAGUUCCUUUUCCCUGGUGGUGGUACUAUGUUUCCCAGAGGAGUUGGUGCCUAUGUGGACUUGAUGCAAGAUCUAAUUCCUGAAAUGAGAGAUGGAACUAUCCGGACUGCCAUUGACACUGGGUGUGGAGUUGCAAGUUGGGGGGCUGAUUUAUUAGACCGAGGAAUUUUGACCGUUUCUCUCGCACCUAGAGAUAAUCAUGAAGCACAAGUACAAUUUGCACUUGAACGAGGUAUUCCAGCAAUUUUGGGCAUCUUGUCUACUCAGCGCCUUCCUUUCCCAGCCAACUCAUUUGAUAUGGCCCACUGCUCCAGAUGCCUCAUUCCAUGGACAGAGUUUGGUGGGAUUUACCUUCUCGAAAUACACCGCAUACUUCGGCCUGGUGGUUUUUGGGUGCUCUCAGGACCACCUAUAAACUACAAGAACCGAUGGCAUGGUUGGCAUACAACAGUGGAAGAACAGAAAGCAGAAUUUGGCAAGUUAAAGGAGAUGCUGAGAAGCAUGUGUUUCCAAUUCUACAAUAUGAAAAAUGAUAUUGCUGUGUGGCAGAAAUCAUCAGACAAUAACUGCUAUAAUCAGCUAAGUGUAUCCAAUUCUUAUCCUCCAAUGUGUGAUGACAGCAUAGACUCAGAUGCAGGAUGGUACAUUCCACUCCGCACUUGCCUAUCUAUUCCACCCCAAAAAUUGAAGCUGGGACUGGAAUUUUCUCCUAAAUGGCCUGAUCGGUUGCAUGCAACUCCCAGACGUAUUGCUUGGGGAGCUGGUGGGUUCAAGAAUGAUGAGAGCAAAUGGAAGCGUAGAGUGAAACACUACAAGACACUUCUUCCAGCACUUGGAAGUGAGGAAAUUCGAAAUGUAAUGGACAUGAAUACGCUGUAUGGAGGAUUUGCAGCAUCCCUUAUUAAUUCUCCUGUAUGGGUCAUGAAUGUUGUCUCUUCCAAUGGUAUAAAUUCCCUUGGAGUGAUCUAUGAUAGGGGAUUAAUUGGUACCUACCAUGACUGGUGUGAGGCUUUCUCAACAUAUCCACGGACUUAUGACCUCUUGCAUCUUGAUGGCCUCUUUACUGCAGAAAGUCACAGAUGUGAUAUGAAAUAUGUUCUGCUAGAGAUGGAUCGGAUCCUACGUCCAAAGGGAUAUACAAUAAUCAGAGAGUCAAACAUUUUUAUAGAUGCAAUAGCAGCCAUUUCCACAGGAAUGAGAUGGAACUGCCAGAAACAUGACACUGAAUACAAAGUACAAAAGGAGAAGUUGUUGAUAUGUCAGAAAAAACUUUGGUACUCUCAGGCACAAUGA